AUGUUUGCUAUGCUAAAGGAAACUGACACACAUUCACAAGAAAACACAGGUGAAGUGAAGAUUGUGCUGCUGGGAAAAACUGGAGUUGGGAAAAGUGCAACUGGAAACACAAUCUUAGGAAGAGACGCGUUUAAGGCACAAGCAUCUUUUGAAUCAGUGACUAAAGAGAGUCGGAGAGAAACAUCUGAAUUCAACGGCCGACACGUUACUGUGAUCGACACUCCAGGAUUGUUUGAUACUGAACUGAGUAAUGAGGAGAUCCAGAGAGAAAUCAGACACUGCAUCUCCAUGAUCCUGCCUGGACCACAUGUGUUUCUCCUACUGAUUCCUCUGGGACGAUUCACUAAACAUGAGGAAACAUCAGUGAAGAUCAUCCAAGAGACGUUCGGUGAGAGAUCUUCAAUGUUCACCAUGGUGCUCUUCACCAGAGGAGACAAUCUCAAGGACCAAACCAUUGAACAGUGUUUGGGAAAACCUGGAUCUCCUUUGAUGAAGCUGAUUGAAGCGUGUGGAAACAGAUUCCAUGUGUUCAAUAAUAAUCAGACUGGAAACCGAACACAGGUGUCUGAUCUACUGGAGAAGAUAGACAACAUGGUGACAGCGAACGGAGGGAGUUUCUACUCAUGUAAGAUGUUCAGACAGAUGGAGAGAGAAAAACAAGAACAACAGAUGAAGAUCCUGAUGGGCAGAGUCAGAGAAAGAGAAGAGGUGAUGAAGAAACUAGAAGAAGAGAAAGAGAGAAUGAAGAUGAUGAUGGAGGAAGAACGACAGAAUCAUGACAAAGAGAGAAAAAGAAGAGAAGAAGAACUCAAAAGAGAAAUAAGAGAACAAGAGAAACAUCAGAGAGAGAUACGAGAUGAGAUGAGACAAGAACAAGAGAGAUUUAAUCAAGAAAUAGAGAAAAUGAGGCGAGAAAAGGAGACUGUGAAGAAAGAAAAGGAAAAACUUCAGAUGGUAAUGGACAGACUGAUGAACAGAAUAGAGAGUGAGAGAAAGAAAAGAGAAGAAGAGUUUAAUGAGAGAGAAGAACGAUAUAGAAGAGGAAUAAAAGAGAAAGAAGAGAGUGAGGAAAAGAUGUGUGAGGAGAUGAAGAGAGAACGAGAGGAAUGGGAGAAACAGAAACUAGAGGAAAAGAUGAGAAGAGAAGAAGAGGAUGAGAAAAGAAGAGAGAAAGAACAGAGAGUUUAUGGUGAAUUCAACCAGAGACUGAAACAAGAGAGAGAGAGAAUGAAAAGAGAGAAAAAAGAUAUUCAAUAUAAACAUGAAGCAAAAGAAAACAAGAUGAAGAUCCUGAUGGAGAAACUGAACAGAGAAAGAGAAGAACUGAUGAUGAAACAUGAAGAAGAGAAAGAGAGAUUGAAGAUGAUGAUGGAAGAACAACAGAAUAAUUACAAAGAGAGGAAGAGAAGAGAAGAAGAGUUUAAAGAGAGAGAACAAUAUAAAACACGAAUAAAAGACAAAGAGAGAGAGAUGAAAGAGAAGAUUAAGAGAGAACGAGAGGAAUGGGAGAAACAGAAACAGCAAAGUCCAACAAACCGGUCAAAAAUACAACUGCCUGAUAUUCCGGCUUACAGUAUCCCAUCCAGACGGGUUCUUAUUCUGGAUAGAACUGGUUUUGGGAAAAGUGCAUCUGGAAACACAAUACUGGGAAGGAAAGUGUUUGAAUCUGACCAUGGACCAGAAUCAGUAACCCGUGAAUGUUCAGUGACACACACCACUGUUUCAGGCAGAUCUGUGUCUGUAGUUGAUACUCCAUUAUUUACUUUUUUAUUUAUUUUUUUAUUUUUUUUUAUUUUUUUUUAUAUUUAUUUUUUUUUGCAAUUAUAAACUUGCAACAUAUAUAUGUAUAUAUGGAAGAGCAAAGGGGGAGGAGGAAGAAAAAGUUUAACAGUAUACGUGAUAACAUUUCUACAUCUAUGCCAUCCAUCAUAUAUAUACAUCCAAACACACUCACAUAUGUAUACAUUUAUACUUAUGUAUAUAUCUAUAUCUAGUUAUAUAAAUAAAUACACAUACCUACAUGCACAUAGACACCCAUAUAUACAUAAUUACUCACAAAAGACAGAGACAAGUAGGUAAUAUAUAUUACUAAUGAUGUCUAUGUAUAAUUAUAGAUAUAGUAAAUAUACCUAAACAUCCUGAUUUUAUAUAGUUUGGGGCAUCGAUUCACUAAUAGUUUGCUGAUGCAUUGUGUACAAUAAAAAAGGUAACCCUAGAUUAUCCUAAAUUAUGUCUAGUUAUCUAGAUAGGAGGUUAGGGGUGAUAAUUGAAUUGUAAAAUUGUGCAGUUUGUUUUUUGCUACAGUGGUUUGUCUUUCAUUUGUAAUAUGUUCUUUUAAGAAGCGGAGCCAUUGUGUAAUAGAAAUUUGUAUUUUAUUUUUCCAGUGUAUGAGAAUGGUUUUCUUGGCACCAGCUAGAGACAAGAGUAGAGGAGCAAAUACAAUAUGUUCUAUUGUAUUUGGUAUUGUGGAGGUAUCACCUAACAGACAUAGUGAUCGGAUAAUUGGGAUAUUACAGUUAAACAUCAUAGAUAAUAUUUCAACUAUUUCAUUCCAAAAAGAGGUGACAGAUGUUGUCUGUAUUGCUGUAUUUUGAUAUAGAUUAUGUUUUUUAAUAGUAUUGCUAAGACGCGGUAAAUUAGAUAUUGGAAUUUCUUUACAUGAUGAUUGUUCAAGUUGAAUCCAGGGGUUUUGAAUGUGAUUAUCAUACUGACCCAUUUGGUCAUAUGAAGUAAUUGUGCGGCUAAAUAGUAAUAUAGAAAAUUGGGUGCUGAUAGUCCUCCUUGCUCUUUUGGUUUUUCUAAUAUUCUUAGUGCAAUUCACCAGUAGAAAUUGUUUAUUAUGCUGUCAAGUGUGUUGAACCAUUUUUUGGGAGGUUGUAUUGGAAUCAUUGUGAAGAGAUACUUUAUUUUUGGUAAUAUAGACACCUUGAUUGUGGUUGUCCGAUGAUUGAUAAUGGCAGAUACAUCCAGCGUUUUAAGGCAUUUUCUGUUUUUUUAAAAAAUGAGGUAAAAUUGAGAGCAUACAGAUCCGAUAUAUUUGAAGAAAACUGUAUUCCCAUGUAUAUAAUGUUGUCUAUUUUAAAUUAAUUGUUUUUUUAUUUUUUUAUUUUAGCUGAAUUGAAGGUUUUAUUUAAUGGAACUAUUAUUGAUUUAUUCCAGUUUACUGAGUAAUCUGAUAUAUUGGAGUAGUCCUUAAAGGUCCCGUUCUUCGUGAUCCCAUGUUUCAAACUUUAGUUAGUGUGUAAUGUUGUUGUUAGAUUAUAAAUA